GUUUCUAGAAAUUUGGUGGCACCUAAAGGAGGUUUCGAUGCCAUAUUACAAGCAUUACAAUGUAGUCAUCAGAUUGGUUGGAGAUAUCAAGCUAGAAAAUUGCUGGUAGUUUCCACAGAUGAUAAUUUCCACAUCGCUGGAGAUGGAAAACUUGGAGGUAUUGUAAAACCCAACGAUGGAUAUUGCCACUUAUCCUAUGAUGGUUCCUACACACAAUCAUCCUAUCAAGAUUACCCCUCAAUCGAACAAAUAAAUUGGAGCGUAAAGAGAAAUUCAAUUAAUGUCAUUUUUGCUGUCACCGACAAUACUGUUAAAACUUACGAACAGAUUUCCAAAAACAUAGAGGGUUCGUCAGUGGGAAAAAUGGAUGUCGAUAAUUCGAAUAUUAUUUCCCUAAUAGAAGAACAAUACGGACGAAUUUCUUCUUCCGUUCAGAUGAAAGAUAAUUCUUCUAAUGUCUUGAAUAUUAAAUAUUUUAGUAAAUGUUUGAAUUCCGCAGGAGCCUUGGUUCAUACCAAUAAGUGUGAUAAUAUAAAGGUCGGUGACGUUGUAACGUUCAAAAUCGAUAUAGAAGUCUUAAAAUGUCCUAAAAACCGAGCAGAUCAUUUCCAGACAAUUCAAAUAUACCCCGUUGGUAUGCGUGAAAGUUUGAAAAUCGAUUUAGAAAUGAUAUGUGAGUGCGACUGCGAAAAACCCGGCAAUAGAUAUUAUAAAGAAAAUGCCCCGGCAUGUUCAAGCAUGGGCACAUACAAAUGCGGCAUUUGUGAAUGCAGUCCCGGGGCUUUUGGGAAACAUUGUGAAUGCAUCUCGGAUUCUUCAUCAACCAACAUAACUGUCAACGAUUGUACUCCUCCAGACGUACCAAAUGCGUUAUUAUGUUCCGGCAGAGGACAAUGCGUCUGCAAUAAAUGUAUGUGUGAGUCAAGACAGAACGAAAAUGAGGUUAGUAUUAUGUAG